CUUCCAGCCUACAAGGAGAAGAUGAAGGAGCUUCCCCUCGUGUCCCUCUUCUGCUCCUGCUUCCUCUCAGACCCCCUGAACAAGCCCACCUACACCUAUGAAGACACAGUUGACCUCACCUGGUGUGUCAUCUCUGACAUGGAGGUGAUUGAGCUCAACAAACGAACCUCAGGACAGUCGUUUGAGGUCAUCCUGAAGCCUCCAUCCUUCGAUGGCAUCCCAGAGUUCAAUGCCUCCCUGCCCCGGCGCCGGGACCCGUCCCUGGAGGAGAUCCAGAAGAAGCUGGAGGCAGCCGAGGAGAGGAGAAAGUACCAAGAGGCUGAGCUGCUGAAGCACCUGGCGGAGAAGAGAGAACAUGAGAGGGAGGUCAUCCAAAAGGCCAUUGAGGAGAACAACAACUUCAUCAAGAUGGCCAAGGAGAAGCUGGCGCAGAAGAUGGAGUCCAACAAGGAGAACCGUGAGGCACACCUAGCAGCCAUGCUUGAGCGCCUGCAGGAGAAGGACAAACAUGCAGAGGAAGUGAGGAAAAACAAGGAGCUCAAGGAAGAAGCCUCCAGGUAAAGAGGAGAUGGUUGGACUGACAGCUCCAGAGGGAGGUGGUGGAAGCUGCCGCAGCUCCAGGUCGGAUUUGGUGGGAGAGUGGACAUGUUCCUCUGCUUUCUUUGUUCGUGAAUGU